AUGAGUGGCCCCUCCGCCAGACUUUGCGCCCACCACAUAGCUGGCGCGCCGAGUAGACCGGCACUGAUACGCCCUGUCGCUGUGCGCACAUCAAAGCCAGUCUUCGUUGCAGGCUGCAGGAGGAACUUUCACGGCUUAAGGACAGCACCGUCACGUAAACAUAAUGGCUAUGGUUGGUGCAACCCGGGGUUCGUGAAUCACGCUACGCAUCAGCGGCGGUCCGCAGCGACUGCUGCGGAAGUUGCGACUCCUGUGAAGGCAUCCGCUGCGGAGGCUGCCGGUCCAUUGGCGGAGUAUAAUGCGCGGGUUGAGCAGGGGAGACUGAGAGAUGAUCCUUAUCAGAGGCAGAUCAUCGAGCAGCUACAAGAUUUGUAUGAACGGCUCAAAUCGUAUAAGGCCCCUGCUGUUGUACGCCCGAGUAUAGAGUCUCUCGACGCCGCUCCGAAGAAGUCGUUUUUUGGCUCUUUGUUCGGCAAGGCACCGGCGAAGCCGGAGUCAUCGAUUCCGGAGGACCUGCCCAAGGGUCUGUAUAUGUAUGGGGAUGUUGGGUGCGGGAAGACGAUGCUUAUGGAUUUGUUCUACGAGACGCUGCCGAGCAAUAUCAGAUCCAAAUCGCGAAUCCAUUUUCACAAUUUUAUGCAGGAUGUACAUAGGCGGAUGCAUGUGGUGAAAAUGAAGUUCGGCAAUGAUUUCGAUGCGCUGCCGUUGGUUGCUGCGGAUAUUGCGGAGAAAUCGAGUGUGCUAUGUUUCGAUGAGUUUCAGUGUACUGAUGUUGCUGAUGCCAUGAUUUUGCGGAGACUCCUCGAAUCCCUCAUGUCUCACGGCGUCGUCCUCGUCACAACCUCAAACCGCCACCCUGAUGACCUCUACCUAAACGGCAUCCAGCGCCAAUCGUUCAUCCCCUGCAUUACCCUUCUCAAGACCGUCCUGACAGUAAUAAAUCUCAAUUCUCCCACCGACUACCGGAAAAUUCCCCGUCCCCCAUCUGGUGUUUAUCACCACCCGCUAGGCCCCGAAGCCGACCAACACGCUCAGAAGUGGUUUGACUAUCUCGGCGAUCCCAUCAAUGACCCUCCUCACCCCACAACGCAGGAAGUCUGGGGCCGCAAGAUUCAGGUUCCUCUUGCUAGUGGGAAGGCCGCUAAAUUCAGCUUCCAGCAGCUUAUUGGAGCUGCAACAGGCGCGGCAGAUUACUUGGAGCUUGUGAGGAAUUACGAGGCGUUUAUCGUAACCGACGUGCCGGGGAUGACCUUGCAUCAGCGGGAUCUGGCGAGGAGGUUUAUUACGUUCAUUGAUGCGGUUUAUGAGAGUCGGGCAAAGCUCGUCCUCACAACCGCCACCCCCCUGACAAACCUUUUCAUCUCUGAAUCCGAAGUCAAAACCUCCCUCGAUGACAACGGCGAACACACGGACCUCUCCGAUGCCAUGCGCAUGAUGAUGGACGACCUAGGCCUGUCGAUGAAAGCGCUCAAAACGUCCUCGCUCUUCAGCGGUGACGAGGAGCGCUUUGCGUUCGCGCGCGCGCUGUCGAGGUUGUCGGAGAUGGGAAGUAAGGAGUGGGUUGAGCGGGGCUUGCUUGGAAAGAGCGGCUUGGAUGCGGAAGGAAAGGAGAAGGAGAAGAACGAGCAUGAGGCUUAUUUAAAGGCGAGGAGUCGGUGGUCUGAGGAUAAUAUCUUUAAUCCACGGCUGCACAUUGCCAUUUGCCCCGUGACUUUUCAGUUCUAUGCAUCCUUAUGGCUAUCCAUCUCUGGUUUAGCGCCAGACGAGGCCGAUACUUGCAGUUUUUUCAUACUGGAGCAAGGCCAGAAUCCGGCGGCAUUGCUUGGAGCAUCCGACCAGGAGUAUUGGUGGCUAUAUAAAGGCCUUACUGGCAUCAUGCAUCUAGAGAUCUCCAAGCUAUCCUUUCGGUAUCAACUCAAGUUUUCAGUUGGUCAAUUCCCACUGGUCACGGCUUCGUUGUAG